ACGAUCUGCCGACUAAUACUCACUCCAAAUCUAGCAUAAUCAUCUGCAGGACAAUAAGGACUCCUUGAGUCAAUCCAACAAAGAGACCACAAUGGAAAUACUCGAGACACUACAAUGUAGUUUCACAGCAAACAAGACAAACAAAGACAUUAAUCCCAUACAUCGAAAAACACACAAAGCAAAUCAUCCAUUCGCUAACAACGAAAGACCCAUAAAAGACCGUUGUUCCCCUUCCCCUUCUUCUUCUUCUUCUUGCUCUUCCAGAAUCCACAAACGCAUUAUAUCCCAUCAUCUCCCCCAAAACGAACCAACAAACAAACAAACAAACAAACACAAACAUGGCACCUCAAACAAAGAAACCCAACCGCGAUCUAGUAAUCGAACACAUAACCUACGACUCCACACACCAGGACCCACAACCCACAGAAGACAUAGCCACCUACCUCACCCGCCUCCGCCGCCGCGAAAAGCGCGAAAAGGUGCUCGCGAAAGCGAAUGCCAGCGGAAGGUACUUGCGUCUCUCAACGGAGGACUCCAAAAAGACUACUACUACUACUACUACUACAAAUCCACCACCCCUAAAACGCAAAGAGAAAUUCUCCGAUAUCGUGAUGGCGAAACUAAACCACCGACAUCCAUCUUCCGCGAAAGAAAACGAGCAAAAAGACAAACAACCACUCCUCCCCCUCAAGGACAUCCGGACCUUGAUCCUCGAAGGGAAAUUAGAGCGCGUCAUCCCGCCUCCGACUCCAGCUAAGAAAGAGAGACUUGCUCCGCCUGCUGCAAGAAGACGACUUUCGAAAGAGAGCGGCACUAGCACGACUUUGAACACCCAUCAGAAAAAGAAGAAGAAGAAGAAGAAGGCAAGCGAUCUCGUAGACAAUAUCCUCCAGGCUAAGUUCCACUCCCCUUUCGAACACAUACCCUACCCAUCCCUGUCUUCGUCGAGGAGAACCUCUUCUUCCUCAUCAUCAUCAUCAUCAUCGUUUUGCUGUAUCGGCGAAGAAUCUCUCAAGACGGGCAGAAGGAGUGGUGAAGGUACAAGUCUAUGGUACAACCCCUCUCCCUCUCCGUCUCGUCCUGCUGUUGUCCUACGAGAUUCCCGCUCAACCACCACCACUGGGUUAGGAAUAGGAAGAGAGAUCAAACCCACACCACCACUGAAAGACGUGCGUAAGUCCUCCAACCCUUUCUACUCCUCUUCCUCCAACACCUCCUCCAACCCAUUCCUCGACCAAGUCCCAAUCACGUUCCCCCUCCACGCGAAAGCGCAGGGAACGCUGCACGCGGUGCCUGUGCCCUCGAGGGUGUAUUCUCAGCGGGCUGAGAUUGUGGACGCGGAUGUGUUUAGGGAGUGGUCGGCUUGCUAUGAGAGGGGGGAUUACGAGCAAGUUUUCAAGAAGGAGGAGGAGGAGAGAUUCGAGGUUUUAUGAGUUUUGGGAGGGGUUGAUGUAAGGCUGCGGUUUCCCUCGGUGAGUUUUGAGUGAUGGGAGGGCAAAAUCCAUCUCGAACAUCCUUAACGAGAAAUAGAUAUAGAAAAUAUCACAGAAAGAAGAAAAAAGAAAAUAUCAAGAGUA